AUGAGUCUGCGCCGACGCGUCGACACGUGCUCGCCCUACUCGCGGCUCUCGCUGUCGCCGCGCCCUUUCGAAAAAGAGAGUCUGGGAGGAAAGGAGCCGGAGGAAGCGAAACUUUCGCCUUCUGCGUUGUCCUCGCUGUCGGACGACCCGAUCGCGCCCUCUAAGCAUGCCUCCCCGCCAUGUGUGCCGAAGUCGCUGCCGGGGUCGCCCACCGAUUCGCCGCGUUCGCUGGAUCGAUUCCUCGCGCGCGUGGCGGGGGAUCUCGAACUCGACGGCCGCGCCGUAGCUGACAUCAAGGCACGCCUCAAAACCUCCCAUAUUAUCACUGAAAAGGAGCUGAGGGAGGCAGUUGCUGAACGGCGUCUUUGCGGACUGCUGCAUCCGUACAUCUCAGAGGCCAUUGCGGCUUGCGUCUGCGGCCACCCGAUUCCUUUCUUCGACCUUGAUGAUUACUCGGAGUCGAAAAUCGAAAUCCGGAAUCCGUCCAACUUCCGCAACGGAGCUCUGUUCGUUCAUCGCAUUGCCCCAGUCCCAGGCACUCGCAAAGGGAAGAUCGCGGUGACGUGGGCGUUCGACUUGGACUUGGAGAGAACGACUGUGGCGGAGUUGCUUCAGCGCCUCGAGGCUCUCGUGCCGGAUGUGCCUGUGGAGCGCAUGCGGCUGGUCUUCAACGGCUUCACCAUGGCCGCGACGAGCACGCUGGGCUCCUACGACGUUGUCGCCGGCGACACGCUGUAUCUUUACACCCUGCGGAGCCCUAACACGCAGGUCUCCUUCCUCUGCGGGCCGCGCCACGGCCCGCCCCCUGUAGUCCUUCCCUCGGCGGGCGCCGCCUGCCUGCCCUCGACAGCCCUCGCCUCGCCCCUCGCGCCUGCUGCGCCUGUUGCGCCGUACGCGGUCGCGGCGGCGCCUGGGUUUCCGGCCUGCGCCUCAGUCCCCGUGGCUUCGCCGGUCUGCGGGCUCGACGGGGCGGAACGAGGGUCGAGCUCGUUGGAGUCCGCGCCGUCGCUGAGUCAGAGCUCUCUCUCGAGCGCAGCUUCGACAGUGGCGCCUGUGCUGUGGACCGCGUCUCCCUGCCAACCUGCCGCAGUGGGCGCAGCAGCCCCUGGGGCGCCUCCACAGGCGGCGCCGACGCUUGAGCUCAGACACGCCCAAGCCGUGUUGCCGCCGUCACUGCCCGGCGCGGUGCUUCCCGCAUCCAUGCUGGCGCCCAGCCUGCAGCACGUGGCGGCGAGCGCCUCGCUGUUCCCUGCGGCCUACGCGCCAGCGCCGUUCGCCCCUGCAGCGGUGUGUCCCCAGGCGACCAGCAGCUGCGUAGGCGCGCAGAACCCGCUGACGAUAGGCCAGCGAGGAGACAUGUGUCUCCUGCCGCAGGCCUACGACCGCCGCGUAGAGACCUGCAGCUGCGGGGCCUGCACUGCCUUCCGGUACACGCCGAUCGCGCCCCUGACACCCUCCUGCGCAAACUGCCCCGAGGGGGCGCAGUAUGCGACGAGGCGGUGA